AUGGAUUUCAUCAAGAACGCAAUUUCCAGCAGUGGCGGCCACGAGGACAAGCCUGUCGAGAACAACACCCAGCAGAACGACGAUUACGUUGACAAGGCCUUCGCUGCCGGUGUCAAGAAGUCUGGCUACAACAUCGACCGCAACAUGCAGGAGAAGAUCACCGACGGUGCCCGCGAGGCCUACGAGAAGGCCACUGGCAAGCACGUCAACGAGAAGAUCUCCAACUAA